AUGAGUGACUACGGAGACGAACGACCGCCAGCAGAUGCUGAAGGUCUCGAUCGACCAUCUGAGAAUGAAGACCAGCUCGACGACCUGAAUGAUGAAUUCAACGACCCCUCCAAAACAGUGCAACCCGACCCUGACGACUCGGACGACGAGUCACUUCUCUCAGAAGUCGACGAGGCUCAAUUUGCAGAUUUCGAUCCUACAGCUGUGCAAGUCGCGCCCGACUUCGACACCCUCAACAAAGCCAUCCACGUCAAGAAACGCAAGCGUACCGAUGGCGAAGAUGUGACGCCAAAGAAAAAGAAGGAGAGGACGCGGGAAAGGACCAGAAACAAUCGUCGGAGGCAAGACAGCGAUGAUGGCUUUUCGGGUGGGGAGGAGAUUGACGGCAAGAGAUCACGAAAGUCCACAGCUGCCGAUGGAGAAAGGAAGCCGAGACCUGCUCGGAUCGAGAUUAACGAAGAUGAUCUUACUCCCGAGGAGCGCAGAAGACGAGCACUUGACCGAGCAAUGGAUGCAGCGGUGAAGAAGUCAUCAGGAAAGCGAAUCCGCAAGGGUGAAAUUGACUUGGAGCAAGCGGCGGACCAGGAAAUCGAAGACCUGCGAAAUCGAAUGAUUGCGGCAGCUGAGACGGAUGGGGACCUGGUCCGACAAGGUCUACCCGCAUCCCAGAAACUCAAGAUGCUUCCGGAAGUGGUCAGCCUGCUCAACCGCAACAAUAUUGUGCAAUCAAUCCUUGACCCUGAGACGAACCUCCUCGAAGCGGUCCGAUUCUUUCUGGAGCCGCUCACCGACGGCAGCCUUCCCGCUUAUAAUAUUCAACGUGAAUUAUUCGCGGCGCUGGCGAAACUUCCCAUGAAUAAAGAGACCUUGAUCUCUUCUGGGAUUGGCAAAGUCAUACUGUUCUACCGCAAGUCCAAAAGAGCUGAGCCCGCCAUCAAACGACAAGCCACGAAGCUCAUGGAGGAAUGGUCCCGGCCGAUCUUGCAACGCAGCGACGACUACACCAAGAAGAACUGGGUAAGGGCAACUUAUGACCCGACCAAGAGGAGAGACGAAUUCAUCCAUCCAACGGUUGUGCCAAAGGCCAAGAAUAACCUUGCACCGGGCCAGAAGGCAAGCAAUCGGGCAAGAUUACUUCCUGGAGCCACUAGUUACACCAUCGUACCAGAAGUCUCGACCAUCGUUCGGCGUUAG